AUGGCUCCUAUCAUUGGAGAUAAAAUAAUUUAUGUGAACUUCAACAAGUGCUAUUCAUACCGGGUUGAAAGUAAUAAAGUUAUUAAAACUGUUGAAGAUUCACUGUCUUGCGAAGAACACGAAGAAGCAGAUUCUCGAAUAAUAUAUCACAUUUGCCAAAUAAAUGUCGAUGGUGAAGUUGUGAUACGCUGCUCAGACACAGAUAUUUUAAUAAUACUUCUUGGUAACAUGCAUCAUUUGAAUGCAUCACUAAAAAUCUGGGUAAAUUUGGGCGUAGGGAAUCAUGAGCGAUUUAUAAGCGUCAAUCAAGUGCACGAAAUUCUAGGGAAUUCUUUAUCGAAAGCUCUACCGUGCUUUCAUGCACUCACAGGAUGCGACUACACACCAGCUUUUUUCCGGAAAGGUAAACUUCGACCUUUUAAACUGUUAGAGCAGUCAGAAGAGUAUCAAUUAGCCUGUCAAAAUAUUAUAACAGAUGAUGAAGAAUUGCUGGAUGAGACAUUUAGGAUCUUAGAAAAGUUUAUUUGUCACAUUUACGGAGCUCGUGAUUCUUGGAACGUCAAUGAAGUUCGGUUUCAUCUGUUUUCAAACACUUAUCGGUCUAAAAAAUCAGAUGAUAAUUUUGAAAAAAAAUUUCGUAAUUUUGAUCCAUCAAGCCUACCACCAUGCAAAGCUGAAUUGUAUCAGCAUUUACUACGAAUUCGUUACGUUACAAAGUUUUGGAGAAAUGCUCAUUUACAACACCCAACAUCUCUAUCACCUCAAGCUUCUGGCUGGACCAUAAAUGACGAUAAAUAUGAUUUUAUCUGGUUUGUUGGAGAGCAGUUACCAUCAUUAGUUGCCGACAUUAUCAUUAAAGAUAAUAGCUUAUUACAAGACGAUGAUAAUCCAAAAGACGGCGAUGGCAAUGAAAAUGACAGUAGUGAUGAAGAUGAUGAUAAUUAUCAAGAUGCCUCCGUUUUUUGUGGCACAAUUAUGGAUUAA